UUUUGGCAGCGCCAUUUUGUUUUUGUCAUUUUAUAGUUGUCACUACUCGCUCGAUCGCAUUAAACGUACAUUUUGUGUAUACUAAACGUGAAUUUAUUGCAAAAGUAUUUUGAAAUGCAUAAUUUAUUUGUAUUAAGUGAUAAAUUACAACAGUAUAUCAUCAUACAGUGCUAAAAGUGUGACAUUAAUUCAAGUUCCGUGUAAAAAGUUGCGACUUCCAAAAUGACCACUACGACAGUUCAAAAUCAGUCAAAAACCACGAACGCUACGCCAGCGAAGCCCCAAAAAAAGUAUGGGAAGAUAGUACUAACGCUACACAAUUGUCUAUUGCCUGAAUCAGCGUUCAAGGAGACUCCAUCACAGGCUGAUGGCUUGGACAUAGAAACUGAGACAGAUCUCCGUAUACUCGGCUGCGAAAUGAUACAAACGGCAGGUAUAUUGUUAAAAUUACCACAAGUGGCCAUGGCUACUGGCCAAAUGUACUUACAGAGAUUUUAUUACUCAAAAUCUUUCGUCAGAUACCCUAUGGAGACCACAGCUAUGGGUAGCAUUUACUUAGCGUCCAAGGUUGAAGAGAAACCUUGCAGGAUUCGUGAUGUGAUCAACGUGUUCCACCACAUAAAGCAAGUGAGAGCACAGAAGACUAUAUCCCCAUUAAUUGUCGAUCAAAAUUAUAUUGAACUGAAAAACCAGGUUAUAAAGGCUGAACGGCGUAUCCUUAAAGAAUUAGGAUUCUGUGUCCAUGUUAAACACCCACACAAGCUUAUUGUAGUAUAUCUACAGGUAUUACAGUAUGAAAAGAAUAAACAGUUAAUGCAAAUGGCCUGGAAUUACAUGAAUGAUGCUCUACGGACUGAUGUGUUCAUGAGGUUCCCACCUGAGACAAUAGCUUGUGCCUGUAUAUAUUUAACAGCUCGGAAAAUUGGACUGCCACUACCAAACAAUCCGAGCUGGUAUCUUUUAUUCAAAGUUACAGAAGAAGACAUUCGAGUAGUAUGUGUAAAGAUUUUACAACUUUACAAAAGACCGAAGGUCAAUCCUGAAGAAUUAGACAGUAAGGUUGAUGCAUUGAAGAAGAUAUACCAAGCAAACAAAUACAUGCAGGCGCAAAAGGAGCGCGAGGCAAAAAUAGAGGAGAAAAAAGCCGAAUCUCCCACUGCGUCCACAUCGAAAGACUCAAAGAGAGAUUCAAAGAAAGAUAAAUCUCCUAAAACACCACCACUGUCUUCAAAAUACCAUAGCAGUCACAAGAAGAGAGAGAGAAGAUCUCGUUCCCCAUAUGACAGGAAGAGAGAGUACUCAAAUAAGCGUCACAAAUCUAGGUCAAGGGAUAGAGAAGUUGAUAGGUCUAGAGAAAGACGUUCGGAUGAUAAAAGGAGUCGUGUCUCAUCUAGGAAAUAUGAUGAUUAUGAUCGUUCUAAACCAAGAGACAGGGACGACAAGCGUAAACAUUGAAUUUUAAUUUUAAGACUUGAAUCGUGAUUAUUUAUCUGUAAUAUCUGUAUGUAAUAUAGGAUUUGAAAAGAUUCAAUGUAAAA